GGUGUAUAAUUUGCGCGGCUUGGAUUUUGUCUGCCACUAGAUCAAAGUUUUGUGUUACAUAUUCUGAAUAAUAGUCAGUCUACGUGUUUCAGAACCGUGACGGAGAAAGGAAACUGCAAAUAUGGGGAGGAUCAAGCGAUGAUAGUUAAUCUGAUAAACGGAUAAAUACUUUUCCUUUUCCCAGUCCUUAAGUUCUUUUUGAAUCGCUCGACCGGUGUUCUUUUGUUUUCCGCAAUACAAAAGUGUGUCGCUUAUCGCAGCUAUUAUUAGUUUUCUUCGAUGGUAAUUUUACGCAGUCACCUCAAUGGAUUCUUCUUCAACUGUGAUCGUCGAGGAAUCACUUCCCAAAGACAUUUUAGAAGUGUUAGACAGUAUGAGACGGCGGAAAGAGUUGUCAGAUGUCACACUUGUGGUGAACGCUCGCGAGAUAGUCGCACAUAAAGCGAUUUUGGCGGCAUGCAGUCCGUAUUUCAGGGCUAUGUUUUUGUCUGGCUUUUCAGAGGCGAAUGAGCAGAAGAUUCAUUUGAAAGAAGUCGAUUCUUGUGCUGUUCAACUGAUUGUUGACUACUUUUAUACCUCGGAACUCGAGCUGAAUGUUUACAACGUAGAAGAGAUUCUCCGAAUUUGUGUCCUGUUUCGGCUAACGACUUUAGUUGAUCAUUGCGAGACGUUCCUUCGACGAAACUUGACUCCGUCGAAUUGUAUUGGACUUCAGUUCGUCGCCGAUCUGUUUUCUCUCGAGGAGUUAAGUCAACAUGCUAAUCGCAUUGCUUUGUGGCAUUUCGCAGAUGUUUACAAAGAGGACGAAUUCAAGAAAAUGCCCUAUAAACAGCUGAAAGAAUUGGUCAUGGAUGAUUCAUUGAAGGUUCAGUCUGAAGAGGUAGUCUUUGAAGCUGUUUUGCAGUGGAUUAAUCACGAUACAAGGGUCAGAAAGGAUUGCGUACCCGAUAUCAUGCAGUAUGUGAGAUUUCCUCUCAUGAAUCUACAAUAUUUAAAUGGAAACGCGGCAAUUUCCAAACUCACGACAGAGUACCGCAUGUGUAAGGAACUUAUCCGCGAAGCAAUCAGUUAUCAAACAGCCGUGGAAAGUAAAUCAACAUCAUCCCUUGAUAAUUUCCGUGUCAGACCCCGUAUGGCUUCUGAAGAGAUCUUUGUCAUAGGUGGAUGGUCGAAUGGUCAGAAAAUUAGCAGUGUACAGUGCUUCAAUGUGGACACCCUGGAAUGGACAGUCGUGGCUGGAAUGUCUGUGGCUCAUGUAGCUAGAGAGGAUUACAUUCGUGUAGUUGCUGCUGGUGAUGAAUUAUACACUGUUAGUCGCUACAAAGUGGGGAAGUACGACCCCAUUGCCAAUUCCUGGAUCCAGGUGGCAACAGGUCCUGAUGUCCAGUGCAAGUGGGCUGGUGUAUGCGAGUAUGAGGGAUUCAUCUAUGCCGUUGGUGGUCACAGCAGUAUGUGUGCCAAGCAGUUCGACACAGAAACCAUGACUUGGAGGUCUCUACCCUCCAUGAUGUAUGCUCGCUACUAUCCAGGUGUUGGUGUAGUAGAAGGCAAGAUAUAUGCUGUUGGAGGCCUAGACCACCUUUGGGCACCACUGAACACUGCAGAGCGGUAUGAUCCCCAUACAAACCAGUGGGAGGCCAUUGCAUCAAUGAGCACUGCACGCUGGAGCCUGGGUGUAGCUGUCCUGAAAGGCAAAAUCUACGCAAUUGGUGGAUCAGACAACAGAGAGUCUAUUAGCAACAGUGUGGAGAUGUACGAUCCUGAGAAAGACAGUUGGAGUCAGGCUGUUGCACCGAUGAAUUCUGGACGUCGCUGUCUGGGUGUAGCAGUGGUGAAUGACACCAUUUAUGUUGUGGGAGGCCGUGUGACAAAUAGGAUUGAAUAUUAUGAUCAGGAAAAAAACAGGUGGAUUGUGGUUGGUGCUGUAAACACAAGGUGCAACUUUGGGUGUGUUGCACUUCGCAUUCUAUAAGAAGUAUGUGUACCUACCUGCUGCAAAGAAAAUGCUUCAGUGGCAAGCUUGUCCAAAGGUGGUUUUGCAAAAAAUAUUUAUAUCAAGCAGAUUACAGGUUAUAAAACAAUUUUUUCCUUUUCAUUUUAAGUAUGCAAACUUUUUCAACUUCCUGGUAUUUUUUGUAUUCUUUUUGUAACUGCAAGCUUGAUUUCUGAGCUUGAUAGGCUUGAAAAGUUUAUAUGUAGCAGACUCCUGUGUAGUUUUAUUUGUCGUACUUACAAAAAUGUCGUUAUUACUAUAUAUAUUGCAUGAUACAAAACUGGCCACAGGAAAAAUUUCUAGUAGAAGUAAGUAGUGCAUGAUUGAAGGCAAAAUCAAAUCUUUGAAUAAUCAUUUCUUCUGGGCUAUAGCAUCUCCAUAGUGUCAGCCCUCCCUCCCCAAAUUGGCUUACAGUGUCAUAUAUCAUAUGAAAUUAAAUUUCUCAUAUUUCCAACAACUAUGAGAAAAGUAAUUACCCUUUCUUAUAAAUUAGAUCUUGAAACUCUUUAUGAGGUUUUAAAGAAAUUGAAGAAACUGCUUUAACUUUUUGUUGACCUUGAUAGUCAGGUUCAAUUUCCCAAAGAUGAUCUCUGCUGAGGCUUCUUGAUUUGAUUACUACUGACAGGUUGACUUUGUUUAAUAUCUUCUACUGUUUUUGAAAACCAAAACUUGAAUUUUAUGGUGACAAGUGUGGAAAGCAUUUUUGGGUUUGAGUUGCUGAAGAACACCCCCUUCUUUAGAACUAAUGGUGCUCACACAAAAGCGUUUUUCUUUUGAAACUCUUUUUAUUUAUUUGUACCACUGUGGAAACUUCAUGAGACACAAAAAAUUAAUGUGUCCUUAGACUUGAUUGUAAUUUGACAGUAUUAAAAGUGUUUAAGAAGUAUUGGCAUUAGUUCAUUACAUCUAUAACUGUAAAUGUUGGGCAGUGUUUUACAGGACAUGAACUUAAAAGCGUUGAACAAAUUUUCAAAACUUUGUAUUUUAACUGCCAACUUAUUUAUCAGUACAUGACCUAUCUCGUAAGGAAGCAUUAAAUAUUGAAUUUGCACCAAUGUGUGGAUAUUUGUAAAAUGUUGGCAUAGUGCACAAUAAAAUAUUGGAAACUGUU